GCAAUCCGAUCAAUUGUUCCGAACAAAAGCAAUAAUGAGAUAGUUCUGGUGUUGCAGCAGUUUGAUAACAAUGUAGACAAGGCUGUUCAAGCUUUCAUGGAUGGCAGCGCAACUCAGGUUCUAAAGGAAUGGAAUAUGACAGGGAAAAAGAAGAACAAUAGGAGAAAAAGAAGCAAAUCUAAACAGCACCAAGGCAAUAAAGAUCCUAAAAACAAGAAUGGUGGACCUGAGAAGGCAACUCAAGAGCCCCAGGGAAUAUAUGACUGUCAUCUGAAUGGAUGCUCUAAGGACAACUCUUGCAGUGGUUCUGCCAUUCAGAAACUGGAAGCCGCUUCUCUUGAGAACAAAGGCUCAGGAUUUGUAGAGUCAGCGCUGGUCUGUCCAGUAAUCACAGACAAAGAACGAGAACACCAGAGAGUAUCUGUGGAAUUAAACCCAAAGACUAUGAAUGGAGUAGAACAGCAUGAGUCUCUUCAGUCAUCAGUUCAACUCCAGUGUAACCUAGGCAGGCCAAAGUCAAAAUCUUCCUCAAUUAAAUCAUCCAGUGCUACAACCCAACUUGAAACAAAGACAGAUGAUUCAGUCAAAAAAAGAGGGCCGAACAUCGAAAAAUCAGUAAAAGACUUGCAGCGCUGCACUGUUUCUCUAACCAGAUAUCGUAUGAUGAUCAAAGAGGAAGUGGAUAAUUCAGUGAAGAAGAUCAAAGCUGCUUUUGCAGAAUUACACAGCUGCAUCGUAGACAAAGAAGUGUCAUUAAUGGCAGAAAUUGAUAAAGUUAAAGAAGAAGCCAUGGAAAUCCUGACUGCUCGGCAGAAGAAAGCUGAGGAGCUGAAGAGACUGACAGACCUAGCCAGUCAGAUGGCUGAAGCACAACUGUCUGAACUCAGGGCUGAAAUUAAGCACUUUGUGAGUGAACGGAAAUAUGAUGAAGAGCUGGGCAGGUCCGCCCGAUUUUCCUGUGAUACAGAACAGCUGAAGACCCAAAUUCAGCUCUGUGGAGAAAUUUCUCACCCAAAGAACAACUAUUCCUCAAGAACACCAUGUAGUUCAGUGCUGUCUUCAAUGACCUCGCAUGCAACAACUGGCAAGCAAAAUACGCACAACCGAAAGUCCUCUAGUAAUGCCAAGAACUCUGAUAAUAGAACAGCCAGCACUAAAGUACAAAGUCAUCUUUCUUCCAAUCCUACAGAAUCUUCUUCCCAAGGAAUCCUGACAAAUAAGCAGAAUGGGCCUUCUAGCCAGAGACGACGAUUCAACCCACAGCACCAAAACAUCCGGCUCAAUGGAUCUCUUAAGUCACAAGGUGCCAGUAAUGAGGCAGAUCAAAAUAAUACAAAGAGUGGUUCCAGGUCUGAACACAGAAGACAGCAGCAUAACAGCUUCAGAUCUAAAAAUAAAGGAGCUAUGAAAAAUCAAGAGCAGUCCACAACUACCAGGACCACAGAGAAUCCGACACAUUCAGAAAAGACCCGACGAAAGCAUCAUACACCAGACACCGCAGAUCACAGGCCUUUCCAAGGCAGUGUUGGCAGGGUGUCACAAUGCAAUUUAUGUCCUGCAAGGAUGGAGGUCUCUGCUGAUGCCACUGUUCUUUCAGUGCCAGCUGUGACUUUGGUGGCUUAAAAUGUCAUGGUGAUGGCAGGCAGAGAAAUUUAAUCUCUUCAUUUUAGUUUCUUGCUUGAGAUGCUUAUUGGUGAAGAAAAUAAGUCAGAACAUAGUCAUUUUAAAUCUGUUGCUGCUUGAAACUUGUUGGUAUCUUUAUUACUUACUAAUUAUCAAAAUUAAUUUGUACUUUCAAGGCUUUGCCCAAUGUGUUCACAGUUAUUUUGUCAUGACAGUACAGAAUCUUACCAAAGCAGCAUUUACUACUUAGAAAAAUGAAAUCUAGAUUGGAAAAAUAAAUUGAUAAUUAAAUUCAUAAUAGCAAAAACCUGAUGUAGAUAUGUGGUUAUACCAGUCAACGUUAUUGUUUUUUAGAGCAGCCUGUGUUAGAAGGAUCCCAGGAAGUCUGUAUGCUGUGGUCUGCAAUGAAAUCAGAUAAUCUUGUAGAAUUUUUCAGCAAAUCUCUAUACACCUCUUUCUUUCUGUGCGUGUAUACAUGUACAUGCAUGCACACUGUAUACACAGAGUAUUGUUAUAUACAAGAACAUUUGAAAAAGCAGUACUUUUGAUUUUAGCUUAUUGCAU